AUGGCGGCGGCGGCGGGAGCUGCAGCGGCGGCGGCCGCCGAGGGGGAGGCCCCUGCUGAGAUGGGGGCGCUGGUGCUGGAGAAGGAGCCUAGAGGAGCCACUGAAAGAGUUCAUGGCUCUUUGGGGGACACCCCUCGUAGUGAGGAGACCCUACCCAAGGCCAGUCCCGACUCCCUGGAGCCUGCUGGCCCCUCAUCCCCAGCCUCUGUCACGGUCACCGUGGGUGAUGAGGGGGCUGACACCCCUGUAGGAGCCACACCACUCAUUGGGGAUGAACCUGAGAAUCUCGAGGGAGAUGGGGACCUCCAUGGGGGCCGCAUCCUGCUGGGCCAUGCCACAAAGUCAUUCCCCUCUUCCCCCAGCAAGGGGGGUGCCUGUCCCAGCCGGGCCAAGAUGUCAAUGACAGGGGCUGGAAAAUCACCCCCAUCGGUCCAGAGUUUAGCUAUGAGGCUGCUGAGUAUGCCGGGCGCCCAGGGGGCAGCAGCAGCAGGGCCUGAACCCCCUCCGGCCACACCCAGCCCAGAGGGGCAGCCCAAGGUCCACCGAGCCAGAAAAACUAUGUCCAAACCAGGAAAUGGGCAGCCCCCAGUCCCUGAGAAGCGGCCCCCUGAAGUGCAGCAUUUCCGCAUGAGUGAUGACGUGCACUCCUUGGGGAAGAUGACCUCAGAUGUGGCCAAAAGGAGGAAGCUGAACUCCGGUGGUGGCCUGUCGGAGGAGUUGGGUUCUGCCCGGGGUUCAGGAGAAGUGACCAUGGAGAAAGGGGACCCAGGGUCCCUAGAGGAGUGGGAGACAGUGGUGGGGGACGACUUCAGCCUCUACUACGACUCCUACUCUGUGGAUGAGCGUGUGGACUCUGACAGCAAGUCUGAGGUUGAAGCUCUGGCUGAACAGCUAAGUGAGGAAGAGGAGGAAGAGGAGGAGGAGGAAGAAGAGGAAGAGGAGGAAGAAGAAGAAGAGGAAGAAGAAGAGGAAGAUGAGGAGUCUGGCAAUCAGUCUGACAGGAGUGGUUCCAGUGGCCGGCGCAAAGCCAAGAAGAAGUGGCGGAAGGACAGCCCAUGGGUGAAGCCAUCCCGGAAACGGCGGAAGCGCGAGCCUCCACGGGCCAAGGAGCCACGAGGAGUGAAUGGUGUGGGCUCCUCAGGCCCCAGUGAGUACAUGGAGGUCCCUCUGGGGUCCCUGGAGCUGCCCAGCGAGGGGACCCUCUCCCCCAACCACGCUGGGGUAUCCAAUGACACGUCUUCACUGGAGACAGAGCGGGGGUUUGAGGAGCUGCCCCUCUGCAGCUGCCGCAUGGAGGCACCCAAGAUUGACCGCAUCAGCGAGAGAGCUGGGCAUAAGUGCAUGGCCACAGAGAGUGUGGAUGGAGAGCUGUCAGGCUGCAAUGCCGCAAUCCUCAAGCGGGAGACCAUGAGGCCGUCAAGCCGCGUGGCACUAAUGGUGCUCUGUGAGACCCACCGUGCCCGCAUGGUCAAACACCACUGCUGCCCAGGCUGUGGCUACUUCUGUACGGCGGGCACCUUCCUGGAGUGCCACCCCGACUUCCGUGUGGCCCACCGCUUCCACAAGGCCUGUGUGUCCCAGCUGAACGGCAUGGUCUUCUGUCCUCACUGUGGGGAGGAUGCAUCUGAGGCCCAGGAGGUGACCAUCCCCCGGGGGGAUGGGGUGACCCCACCAGCUGGCACCGCAGCCCCUGCCCCCCCACCCCUGGCUCAGGAUGCCCCUGGGAGAGCAGACACUUCCCAGCCCAGUGCCCGGAUGCGAGGGCAUGGGGAGCCCCGGCGGCCACCCUGUGACCCUCUGGCUGACACCAUCGACAGCUCAGGGCCCUCCCUGACUCUUCCCAAUGGGGGCUGCCUCUCAGCCGUGGGGCUGCCACCUGGGCCAGGCCGAGAGGCCCUGGAGAAGGCCCUGGUCAUCCAGGAAUCGGAGAGGAGGAAGAAACUCCGCUUCCACCCCCGGCAGUUGUACCUGUCGGUGAAGCAAGGGGAGCUGCAGAAGGUGAUCCUGAUGCUGUUGGACAACCUGGACCCCAACUUCCAGAGCGAUCAGCAGAGCAAGCGCACGCCCCUGCACGCGGCCGCCCAGAAGGGCUCCGUGGAGAUCUGCCACGUGCUGCUGCAGGCAGGAGCCAACAUCAAUGCAGUGGACAAGCAGCAGCGCACCCCGCUGAUGGAGGCUGUGGUGAACAACCACCUGGAGGUAGCACGCUACAUGGUGCAGCGUGGCGGCUGUGUCUACAGCAAGGAGGAGGAUGGCUCCACCUGCCUCCACCAUGCAGCCAAAAUUGGGAACUUGGAGAUGGUCAGCCUGCUGCUCAGCACAGGACAGGUGGACGUCAACGCCCAGGACAGUGGGGGAUGGACGCCCAUUAUCUGGGCUGCGGAGCACAAGCACAUUGAGGUGAUCCGCAUGCUGCUGACACGGGGCGCCGAUGUCACCCUCACAGACAACGAGGAAAACAUCUGCCUGCACUGGGCCUCCUUCACUGGCAGUGCUGCCAUCGCUGAGGUUCUCCUCAACGCACGCUGUGACCUCCACGCUGUCAACUCCGGUGACACGCCCCUGCACAUCGCAGCGCGGGAGAGCUACCACGACUGUGUGCUGCUGUUCCUGUCACGCGGGGCGAACCCUGAGCUGCGGAACAAGGAGGGGGACACAGCAUGGGACCUGACUCCUGAGCGCUCCGACGUGUGGUUUGCGCUGCAGCUCAACCGCAAGCUUCGUCUUGGAGUGGGGAAUCGGGCCAUCCGCACUGAGAAGAUCAUCUGCCGGGAUGUGGCUCGGGGCUAUGAGAACGUGCCUAUUCCCUGCGUCAACGGUGUGGACGGGGAGCCCUGCCCGGAGGAUUACAAGUACAUCUCAGAGAACUGUGAGACGUCCACCAUGAACAUCGACCGCAACAUCACCCACCUGCAACACUGCACGUGUGUGGACGACUGUUCCAGUUCCAACUGCCUAUGUGGCCAGCUCAGCAUUCGCUGCUGGUAUGACAAGGAUGGACGGCUGCUCCAGGAAUUUAACAAGAUCGAGCCCCCACUGAUUUUCGAGUGUAACCAGGCGUGUUCCUGCUGGAGAAACUGCAAGAACCGGGUGGUGCAGAGUGGUAUCAAAGUGCGACUGCAGCUCUACCGAACAGCCAAGAUGGGCUGGGGGGUCCGAGCCCUGCAGACCAUCCCCCAGGGAACCUUCAUCUGCGAGUACGUUGGGGAGCUGAUCUCCGAUGCUGAGGCUGAUGUAAGAGAGGAUGAUUCUUAUCUCUUCGACCUAGACAACAAGGACGGAGAGGUGUACUGCAUUGAUGCCCGUUACUAUGGCAACAUCAGCCGCUUCAUCAACCACCUGUGUGACCCCAACAUCAUCCCCGUCCGUGUCUUCAUGCUGCACCAGGACCUCCGGUUUCCACGCAUUGCCUUCUUCAGUUCCCGAGACAUCCGGACUGGGGAGGAGCUGGGGUUUGACUAUGGUGACCGCUUCUGGGACAUCAAAAGCAAAUUCACCUGUCAGUGUGGCUCUGAGAAGUGCAAGCACUCAGCCGAGGCCAUUGCCCUGGAACAGAGCCGCCUGGCCCGCCUGGGACCCCACCCCGAGCUGUUGCCUGAGCUCGGCUCCCUGCCCCCAGUCAAUCCCUGAACGCGGACCACACACAUCCCCCACCCUGGAUGGCCACCAGCUCAGCAGCCCCUCUGCCACUUGCUGCUCACAGCCCACACCUGGGGGUGCUGCCU